GCACUGGGAGAAGGGAAUCAUGCAUGGAGGUGCCCCGGGAGUAGGGGGGGCCAGCACUUAGGGGUGCGCUGGGACGAAAGCAUCCUAUACUGGGGCUUAGCUGGUGACCUGUGAAUUGGGAGCAUGGGGUGCUGCACUGAGGGAGUGCAAAGGUGGGGGUGAGGAUUGGGCACUCGAGAAGGAGGUGUAUAUGGGAGGGUGUUUGAGGGGUGGGGGGUCCUGCACAGGGAGGAAGGUGCCUGGUAUCGAGGGACUGGAGGGAACGGUUCUGUAUCGGGUGGCAGAUCCUGCACUGGGAGGAAGGGGUUGCAUAUUGGGAUGGUGGGGUUGGAGCGGUUGCCCGCUGGGGCGUGGAGGGUUUGUGCAGAGAGGGAAGGGGGUCUGGAAAACGUACCCCUGGCCACGCUGCUGGCAGGUGGCAACGCUUGGAAGCUCAGGUACCUAAGUGAAGCAUGUUUCCUCUGCCGCCGAAUUGGGGUUACUGUGAAGUCGAGUUUCCCAUGAAACUAUGUCUGUAGGAACAGUUUCUCGUCCCAGGAGGACAAAGAGUUUUAUUCAGAAGUUGGCAGGUAUUAGCAGAGACUGCUCUUUCUUUUUAUCAGUCGUUUGCUUAAUUUCUUUUAAUUGGAGCUGUAUCUCUCUAGCAGGUGUUGGCAUGAACAGAAUUCGGAUCCAUGUUUUGCCGUCAAGUCGAGGACGCCUUACUCCUGUGCCGCGGCCCCAGGAACCUCUGUCAUGUGCCUUUACUCACCGCCAGUGUUCGCAGCCACGGCUGGAAGGGCAGGAGUUUUGUAUUAAGCAUAUUCUGGAAGACAGGACUGCUCCUUUCAAGCAGUGCAGCUACGUUUCAACAAAGAACGGAAAGCGGUGUCCAAACGCUGCGCCCAAACCAGAGAAAAAGGAUGGUGUGUCGUUCUGCGCGGAACAUGCCCGUAGGAAUACUCUGGCACUCCAAGCUCAGAUGAAAAAGUCCAAUCCUGGACCUGUAAGCGAGACUCUCCUUUGCCAGCUUAGCUCUUACGCCAAAACAGAGCUGGGCUCCCAGACUGCAGAGAGUAGCCGCAGUGAAGCCAGUCGAAUCCUAGAUGACGACAGUUGGAGCGACGGCGAGCAGGACCCUAUCACAGUGGACCAGACGUGGCGAGGGGACCCGGACAGCGAGGCUGACAGCAUUGAUAGCGACCAGGAGGAUCCCUUGAAGCACGCUGGUGUAUACACAGCCGAGGAGGUGGCUUUGAUCAUGCGAGAGAAGCUGAUCCGCUUGCAGUCCCUGUAUAUUGACCAGUUCAAACGACUCCAGCACCUUCUGAAGGAGAAGAAACGUCGAUACUUGCAUAGCCGCAAGGGAGAACAUGAAGCCAUAGGCAGCAGCCUUCUGACAGGCCCGGAGGGGCUCAUGGCCAAGGAGCGUGAGAACCUGAAGCGACUGAAGUGCCUGCGACGCUACCGGCAGCGCUACGGCGUGGAAGCCCUGCUUCACCGCCAGCUGAAGGAGCGCAGGAUGCUGGCAACUGACGGUGCCGCCCAGCAGGCACACACCACUCGCUCCAGCCAGAGGUGCUUGGCCUUUGUUGAUGAUGUUCGAUGCUCCAACCAGUCUCUCCCGAUGACCAGGCACUGCCUUAACCACAUCUGUCAAGAUACUAAUCAGACUCUGUUUAAACCGUGUCAAGGAUCAGAGGAAGUGCCGUGCAACAAGCCCGUUCCCGUAAGCCUCUCUGAGGAUCCGUGCUGCCCACUCCACCUCCGAUUGCCUCCUCAGAUGUACGUACCUGAGCAGGUACUGUCUGUUCCUGAGGAGCUGGAAGCUGCCCCCACAGAUCUGUACUUGAGCGCUGCUGAGCUCCAGCCCACGGAAAGCUUACCCCUGGAGUUCAGUGAUGACUUGGACGUGGUGGGUGAUGGCAUGCAGUGUCCCCCGUCCCCUCUGCUCUUUGAUCCUUCUAUGGCCCUCGAGCAGUCAAUCAGAGACGUUGCCGAGGCCCCCAUAGACAUACUGGCCCUGGAGGAACCUUCCCCAGCAGGCAUCCCACCGCAGAUGGUGCCGACGGACAGAGGGAGCUUGUCUGCCCACAUCUUCUCCCCAGCCGUGGAGCCUCCUGCAGAGCUACCUGCACAGAGUCACUUGCUGAUGGUGGGGUGCCGGCCCGGGCCGAAGGACGACAGGAGGCAGGAGGAAGCCGCGUCCUCUGCCCAGGCCCACGGAGCAGCCACAGCCACCAACGGGAACCUCGAGCCGACGUCUGUGAGCUGAGACUGGGAACAAGCGGCCUUUCCAAGAUCCCUUGUGCAUCCUCUCUCACUCUGAGCCCUGCCCCUAGGUGGGACGCGCACAUUAUAAACAUGCAGGUGUCGGUGUGGUCGCCCGGCACCUUCCCAAGCUGCAGCUCCACCUCUGCCAGAGUGAUUCCUGGAGCGUCGGGGCCUGAAACGUCUGACCGGGGGCCCGCAGCCAGGCCCAGUCCAGCCAGUCCUUCCCCUGCAUCCCGCGGCUCUGGCCGCCGUGUGUUUGUGGUGAAGCCUGCCAGGGCCCGCUGGUGAGGCAGAGCGCGUUAUCAGCGCAGGGAAAGGUUGGAGAUGUUCAGUGGAGGGAUCCUUAGGUGACUUACUGGGGAAAGGACGGGGUGGCUUUCCGUGCUCGCCUUGCUGGCGAGGCUGUGGUUUCCUCGGAGGGGUGAGAUGUGCUGGUAAGAAAUGCAGGUGGGGAAGGGACAUCCUGUAUUUGGCACGUCAGGAGCGCAUGCGCUUGCCGGAGGCAUGGUUUGUUCCUCAUAUGCUCCCAUGUACCAAAGCAGAUCUGGUAGCUGCAUGCCAGCUCGUCUCCGGUGUGCCAAGGUGCGCUGCUGCUGCACCACCCCCGGGCAGACUCCUCACCAGCUUUAAUCUGCAGGCCCGCAGGGCGCUGAUCCUGUGUAUAAGUCUUUGAAAUGUGCUGUGUAAAGUUUUCGGUUUGCGGGGGGAGGUUUCCCCUCCCACAGGUAACCCAGACAAUAAAGAGAUCAGCAGA